AUGAGUCAGCACGCAGCCGCUGGCUUACGCAAGACCGAGCACGACCGAUCGCUACGGCGUGACUUCGAGGAUCUAUCCAAUGGACGAUUGGACAGAACGGAUCAACAAUUGUCUGGACGAUAUCGGGCGGACGGCUCGUUCGAUGUGCCGGUGGAGGCAAAUCAAGCCCGAGCACCGUUAAACAUGACUUUCGAUCCGAGCAUCGGUGCAUGCCGGCCGCAGAAUCCCAUAGAAAACCAUGUCACAGUACGAUAA